GUCUGGCAGGGGGAAAAAGUAAGCAACUGAAGAAUGAGAAACCAUACAGAAAUAACAGAGUUUAUUCUUCUGGGAUUGACAGAUGACCCAAAGUUUCAGGUUGUGAUCUUUGUCUUCCUGCUCGUCACCUACAUGCUCAGCAUCACUGGGAACCUGACCAUUAUCACCCUCACCCUGCUGGAUUCCCACCUGCAGACCCCCAUGUAUUUCUUCCUCAGAAAUUUCUCCAUAUUAGAAAUUUCAUUCACAACUGUCAGUAUACCCAAGUUUCUGGGUAACAUUAUUUCAGGAGAUAAAACCAUUUCCUUUAAUGAUUGCAUAGUUCAGUUAUUUUUUUUCAUUCUCUUGGGAGUCACAGAGUUUUACCUUCUGGCUGCCAUGUCCUAUGACCGCUAUGUGGCCAUCUGCAAGCCUCUGCAUUACUUGAAUAUCAUGAAUCGAAGAGUCUGCACACUGCUUGUUUUUACUUCUUGGCUGGUUUCAUUCUUAAUCAUAUUCCCAGCACUCAUGUUGCUCUUACAGCUUGAUUACUGUAGGUCUAAUAUUAUGGACCAUUUUACCUGUGAUUAUUUUCCCCUGCUGCAACUUGCUUGUUCAGACACAAAAUUCCUAGAGGUGAUGGGAUUUUCUUGUGCUGUGUUUACUCUAAUGUUGACUUUGGCAUUAAUAUUUCUGUCCUACAUAUACAUUAUCAGAACAAUUUUGAGAAUUCCUUCUACUAGUCAAAGGACAAAGGCCUUUUCCACAUGUUCUUCCCACAUGAUUGUCAUCUCCAUCUCUUAUGGCAGCUGCAUUUUUAUGUACAUUAAACCCUCAGCAAAAGAUAGAGUGUCCUUGAGCAAGGGAGUGGCAAUACUAAACACCUCAGUAGCCCCCAUGCUGAACCCCUUUAUUUACAGUCUAAGAAAUCAGCAAGUUAAGCAAGCUUUCAUUAACAUGGCAAGGAAGACAGUAUUUUUCACAAGCACAUGAAAUGGUAUGACGUGACGAAUUAGAGGCACAGGAAAGGAUAAUACGAGUUUUCAGUAGCUUCUUCCAAUCAAAAUGGCCUC